CGCAAAAUCGAUAUUAUUGCACAGCCCUAUUUACAAUCAUGCACUACUUUGUUGAUUUAUCAUUUGAAUCCCAUUCAGAUAUUGUAUUACAAGUAGUGAUAACAUAACAAUAUGAGGGAAAGUCUUUAAAGCCUCUUGCAAAGCGCUGUCACAGUGAUCUGAAGUGGAAUACACUGAUGGAGGAGAAGAACUUCAGCCCCAGCAACCAUCAGCUUAUCUCUGUCUGCUCUGUUCACAGACACUAAUGGCUCAGACAACUCCAUUCCCAUGGCUUAUCUGACCCUGGAUCACCAGCUGCAGCCUCUUGCUCCCUGUCCGAACUCCAAAGAGUCCAUGGCGGUGUUUGAGCAGCACUGCAAAAUGGCCCAAGAAUAUCUGAAAGUCCAAACUGAGAUCGCCCUGCUGAUUCAGCGGAAGACGGAGCUGAUCGCUGAACUGGACCAAGACGAGAAGGACCAGCAGAACACAUCCCGUCUGGUCCAGGAACACAAGAAGCUGCUGGAAGAGAACAAGAGUCUGUCCACCUACUACCAGAAGUGCAAGAAGCAGCUGGAGCUGAUCCGGGUGCAGCAGCAGAAGAGACAGGGCACAUCAUGAGGACACUACCCAGCAUCGUCUCUGCUUCACUGCAUCAUACACACACACACACACACACACACACACACAUGUCCCCAUCCAGCAUGUCCUGCAUGUUGCAUCAUAGACUCUAUAAGAAGACAAACAGCUGCAGCAUCUUCUGUGACCACAGGGCGGGAGAGUGACUGACUGACUGACUGACUGACUGACUGACUGACUGACAAGCAGCUGCUGCAGGACGGACAGGCUGAGGCCACAGCAGUGAGAGCUUGUGUGGGUUUUUUGCGUUUGCACUCAGGACUCCAGGCUGCCUUGUGAUUGUGUGUUUGGAUCAUCAUGACACUCCUCAGAAUGUGAAACUGGGAUGGAGUUCAUUUAGCUAACCGUCUGCAGAACAACCAGAAGCUACCAGGGGGUUUGAAAUGUGCCCUGGUGUGUGCAUGGGAUCCUGCUUAUGCAAAACACACCUGGUCUCCUGGAACCGAACAGAAUCUCUUCAACUUUUCCCCGUUCUCCUCCUGGACCCUUCCUCCUGGUCACGCCUCACAUCAGCAGCAGGAGGUCUGGCUGCUGCAGCUCCUACAUCUCCUGCAGCUUCUGGAGCCAACACUAAGCUGUGGAUUCCCUGAUUGUUUGACCUCAGUAUUGUUGUGUGUGUAAUGUUUUUGUAUUUUGUAUCCAGCAGUGGAUUUGGCGAAUUGGUUCUGUGGUAUCUUCCCGUUGGAGCAGAUCAGAACCGGUCUGGGAAGGCCCUUGCUGUCCAGGCUGUGUUUGAGUGCAGUCUGCUUGUAGUUCACAUGUUGCCUUAGAGGUUGCCUGCAUUUAAGUGCUUGUUUUAUGGGACAGCUAUUACAGAGUAAAAAAGGAGCAGAUUUUAACGUUAAGGCUGAGGUGGGAAUGUUUUCUGGUGAGGAAGUAGAGGAAUGUGUGAAUCUGCUUCCUAAGAGCUUUACAGGAACACUUGAUGUACUUUAUGCCUCACAUCCUCCAGAUAUGUUUGCACAGUCACUGAUUUUACUCUGGUUACUCUGACAUUUUAUUUCCUUUUUUAGUAAGUGUUUUUAAAGUGGCCAGGCCCCUCCUGAGGUAGAUUCAUCCUACAUGUAACCUGCGGGUGUUUCCUACUUCCUGUGAAAAGGAGAUCUAGAAGGCAUUCUACAAUAAACUGAAUGGUGAACAGAUA